GGUGCUACGUUGGAGCAGAGCAGAGCUGAGGGUCAUAUCCUAUUCACCGCAUAUAUUCCAGCCCCUGCUGGAAAACUCUGCCAGGAGGCUUUAGCGCUCAGCAGCAUGGAAGUAACCAAAGGAGAGGACCGAUCGGCCGAACAGGCGGCGUCUUUAUUUGGGACACAAGAGCUGGAGAGUCAGAGGAGCAAUGCUGGCCGUGGAAACAGAACGAAGACCCGCUUUAAGAUCAUUAUUGGGGUUCUGCUGCUGGGCUUAUUGGUGGUCAUCCUGGCUGCGGUGCUCUCUGUGAGAAAAAGCAAUAAUCAGAAAGAAGGGGUGCUCUGGUUACAGACGACCUCUGAGGAAAUUGAACAGCCACAGUGUCCACCCAGUUUUUCCAGGCCUCCUCUGAUCCUGGUGUCCUUGGACGGUUUCCGAGCAGAGUAUCUGAAAGAUCACAGGAGCCACUUGUCUAUCAUCAACAAGUUGCGAAACAUCGGAACAACAGCACCAUACAUCAGACCUGUUUAUCCCACAAAGACCUUCCCUAACCACUACAGCAUUGUUACUGGUCUUUAUCCUGAGUCUCACGGGAUUGUGGACAACAAGAUGUAUGAUGUGACCCGAGAUGCUUUUUUCAGCUUGAAAACUGAUGAGAAAUUCAACCCAAAAUGGUACCAAGGGGAACCAAUCUGGGUCACUGCUAUGCGUCAGAAACUGAAAACAGCUACUUUCUUCUGGCCUGGCUCUGAUGUAGCCAUCAAUGGCACCUUCCCGAAUUUCUACAUGAAGUAUGAUCAGAAUAUUCCAUUUGAGAACAGACUGUCAGCAUUGUUUGAGUGGCUAAGUUUACCUCAAGGAGAAAGAGCUGACUUUUACACUUUGUACCUGGAUGAACCUGACACAUCAGGGCAUCAUCACGGGCCAGGAAGUAGUCAGGUGAUUCAGGCCUUGGAAAAUGUGGACAGGAUUAUGGGCAUGCUGAUGGAUGGCCUGACAGUGAAAGACCUGCACCACUGCGUCAAUAUAAUAAUCGUAUCUGACCAUGGCAUGGAGGAGGCUUCGUGUGAAAGGGCAGAGUUUGUGUCAAAUUACCAGGACCAUUCUUCUGAGUUUACUGUGAUCCAAGGCCCGGCUGCUCGCAUUAGACCAACUCACCUCCCAGAGGAUUAUUUUUCAUUCAAUUAUGAGGGACUGGUAAAGAACCUGUCGUGCAGGAACCCUGACCAGCCAAUGAGGCCGUACCUCAAAGAAAACCUCCCCAAAAGGAUGCACUUUGCUAAUAACGUACGCAUAGAGAGGGGUCACCUUUACAUGAAAUCCGGCUGGCAGGCAGCACUUAACCGCAAGGAAAUAAAGUAUUGCUCUGGUGGAUUCCAUGGCUCAGAUAACGUCUUCACCAACAUGCAGGCAAUUUUCAUAGGUUUUGGACCAGGAUUUAAAGAAAACACUGUUGUGCCCCCAUUUGAAAACAUUGAAAUAUAUAACCUCAUGUGUGAUCUCCUUGAUAUCCGUCCUGCUCCGAACAAUGGGACCCAUGGCAGUCUAAACCACCUCUUAAAGACUCCCAUUCACAUGCCAGUUAACCCUGCGCAGCUCUCCCAUGAGUCCCUGUGUGAGGCCACUGACCCCAUCCCCACUGACAACUUGCAGUGCACCUGUAAAUCCCAAACCACUGCAAUGGAAAAGGAUAUGAAUGGAAAUCUCAUGACAUCUGAUUCAGAUGUUAAGGCCAGCUUACGUCGCCUCCACCAUCCUUUUGGAACCCCACGAGUUGUCCAGUCAGAUGCAACUUUUUGUCUGCUUCACCACUCUGACUACCUCAAUGGAUACAGCAAAGACCGCCUCAUGCCCCUCUGGGUGUCGUAUACAAUCCCGCCUCUGACCAGAAUGCAACCCCUGAGCCCGGAGUUGGAGGUAUGUGUUCGUGCUGACAUACGCGUCCCACCAGCCGCCAGCCAGCUGUGCCUGCGCUACAGAGAUGACCCCACUCUGUCCUAUGGCCUUCUGCAUCCCCCCAAUCUGAAUGCCAGUGGUCCAGAAACAGACUCUUUAAUUACCAGCAACAUGGCACCAAUGUUCCCAGCAUUUAAAGAUGUUUGGACCCAUUUCCAUGAUGUCCUACUUCCAAAAUAUGCACAACAGCUGAACGGAGUCAAUGUCAUGAGUGGACCAAUAUUUGAUGAAGACUUUGAUGGAAAUGUUGAUCCGCUCAGGAAAAUAUCUGGGAAUGAAGCUCCCAUCCCAACACAUUUCUUUGUCAUCCUGACAAGCUGUGAAAACUUGACCUUCAACCCUGUUAAUUGUGAAGGUCCACUUCAAGCCAAGUCCUUCAUCCUGCCUCAUAGACCUGACCACACAGAGAGCUGUGCUAAUGGGUCGGACUUGACAUGGGUAGCGGAUUGGCUGCAGUUUCAUACCGCUCGAGUCCGAGACAUCGAGCUUCUGACAGGACUCAGCUUUUACCACGACAGAUUAUCAGUGGAAGAGACGUUACAGCUCAAGACAUUUCUACAGACUGCAUAAAAUCAGAGACGUUGCCAAAUGAAGCUUUAAUUAUCAAAGACACCAUUUCUGUCUGCAGGUGUGUGUCCACGUGGACACAAAGUAACCCAGAAAUGGCUUUGACGGGUGCCUCACUUGUAAUAGUUUGCUGUUCACAGACCAAAUUGACCCCAACCUUAAGUUCCAUCCCUUUUUGUAUAGUAUGUCUGAUUUCAAAUCAAAUGUCACAAAUAUUACAUGUGCAAAAACUGAGCAUUUUUCUUUGACAUUUUUAUAGAUGAUUUUACAAGAAAAGUCAAGGAUAUUUUUAUGACUGCGGCUCCUAGAUGAAAUCAGAUCUGGUGAAUGCCUCCAAAGUAUUUCCUCAGAUAAGAGAGUGGGUAGGCAGGAAUAAAAUAAAACGAAAAAGAAAGAAUGUGAUGAUCAAAGAACAAUUUAUGUCACAGAUGAAUUUAUUGGAUAGAGGAAACAUCAUCUCUGACGGGAUCUAAGGAUUUAGAAACAUUCGCGUUUGCUGACUAGAUCUUGUCACACAUCUGGAGAGAUGGUAGUCGUUCUGUUCUUGCCAAAUGUUGCCUUAUAAUUUUUAUGUUUUUUCACCCGUGAUAUUUUUAGUAUUUUGUACAUUUUGGAAAUAAUUAUUCAGCUUUUGAGUGUGUGUCUGUGUGCAUGUACAGUAUACAACAGUGAUAAGUGUACUCCUGUGCAUUAUCACUUAAAUAAUAAAAACUGUAUCACCUUACAA